AUGAAGUGUUUCGCAGCUGCAGUCAUGGUUGCCUUCAUGGCAGUCGCCGCCAAAGGAUCGUACGCUCCAGCGGUCUACACCGGCCAUCACGGAUACGCCGUGGCCCCCAUGGUAACCUACGCUGCCCACCAUGGAGGACCAACGGUCGUUCAGUCCAACGAUCAACAUAGCUGGGCCUAUGCCAAUGCUUACAACAACCACUGGGGUUAUGGUGCACCGGUUGCCGUUGCCUACAACAGCUGGGAUGGUCAUUAUGCUCCAGCCGUAGCCUACCAGGGCGCUCACUGGAACCACUGGGAUGGUCAUGUUGCUGCCCCAGUUGCUGUUCAGCAUGCGGCUUCCUAUGUGGCCGCUAACCGUGGUGCUGUGCACAAGGCUCCUCUGGUUGGACACGCCGUCAACCAGAAGUCGCUGAACCUGGCUCCAGCUCCCGGAACCUGGUAA